AUGCGACGCGUAAAAGAAGCGGACCUGCGCGCGCGUAUACGCGAGCGCGACCGCGCCAUCGACGACGCCGAGAACCAGAUCAAGACGCUACAGGCGGAGCGCGAUCGGCUCGUCAAAGAAGUCAGCCGACUCAACGACGAGCUGAAGCCCUUCACUGCGCGCCGCGGUCCUGGGUUCUCUGGGCCCCGCUUCGUACCGCACGGCCACGAUGAAGGCUGGGGCGGAUCCACGCGCGGCCGACCGCGCGUGGACACCGAGCUGCCCACCGGGGCCGCCAACAUCCAGCCACCUCCAGGACCCGCGAUCGCGUCUGCUACGGCGGCGACGACCGCGGGCACCCGAGAGCGCGACGGACCCGCCCAGUCCACCGUGCCGCCCCGCACGCAGAGCGGGAACCCAAAAAGGGCAACCACUCGGGCGCCCGCGCGGGAAGCUAAUGCCGCGACCGCGGCCACGCCUCCAGCCGUGGUGGCGGCCCCGGCUCCGGUUCCUCCCACGCAACCCCUCACUCCAACCGCCGCCCACGCGACUCGCCCCACGGCUCAGUCCAUGGGGGUGGAUGAGUUUGAGUGGAACCUGAUGACGGAGGCCGAACGCGAGAACCACGGCAUUCUGCGCCGUCAAGGGCAGAUGGACGUGACACUCGAGGUCUCCGGUCAGCCACUCUCCGCCUGGUACCGAUGCUGGUCCAGCCCACCGGCGUCCAUGGCGGAGUCGUACGAGGCGAUGGAGCAGGAUGAUGAAGGAGACACGGACGAGGCCGGGGACGAUUUGUUCCCCGGCAUCGAUCUCGUGUUCUCCGACCCCAUCACCUCCUUCGCCAGCCAGUUGACCAAGGCGGCCCACGUCAAAGAGGUCAACCGGGCAGCUAGGGCGAAGGGAGUCGACACCAUCGAUCCACUCCCACCCGCUGACAAGCCCGAGUUCGGGGCGUGGGCCGGCACCAACAUCCAGACUGUGGUGCAGGCCCACAACCUGCACUGGUGGGCUUUCGUCGAGUGGGACGAGGAUGCCCUGCGAUUCUACAAGUUCGUCACCACGAUAUACCAAAGCCCGGCUCACGUCCGGCCUGAGGGUAUCCGGUACUUGCAGAAACUGCAGGGCGCGGACGCCGCCCGCCGUAAGCAGCACCUCCGGCGGGCCAUCCCACGCCCCGUUAAUGCACCCCGCGAUCACCUUGGCCGCUACCCCGAGGCCGCCGCCGACAUAGACGUCGUGUGUCGGUUCUUCAGGUGCGCGUCGGUGAACGCCUGGCCGUCCGGGAUGAGACUGGCCUCGGGUGCAUUGCCUUCUGGCGAUGGAUUCGGGGUUCCUCUCUCUUCGGACUGUCGGGCCUUUUUCCUGCUGUGGCAUUUGUUGCCUCAGCGGGCCAAGAAGAACCCCCACCACGAGCACGACGCGCGCAUCCGUACCCUGGCCAUGGAGUUAUUCUCCAUUCCUGGUUGGUACGAGCGCAUCGUCGCGGCCGGAGAGUUCGUUGGGCAACCCCAGGAGGCUCCCAUCCGCUACCCCUACCCCGCGGAUGACGCCUCCCCCAUCCUCCUCUCCGCGUGGUUCUGUGUCCAUGGUGUUGCACUGGACCGCGACGUCAUCGCCUCCAUCCGCCACUGGGCCACCCGCUCGCGCAACGAGUCACUCGGGCGCGUGCUCGACGACGCUUCCCCGUGGCCGGCACCCCCCAUCGACGUCGACUCCGUCACGUCCGCCGCCGAGAUCGCCCUCGUCGUCAAAUACGAUGAGCUGGCCUGGGGCCCACGCCUCCUCGAGACCCACGAGUCCAACCACGGCGACUUCGACGAGCUGGACGACGGUGAGGACAUAUAG